AUGUCGGAUAUUCCAGACGAUAUCAACACGCAAUUUCUCGAGCAGUGGAAAAAUCCCGGCGACGUCUUCUCUGUCCUCCUUAUCGUCGGCGGUGACGUUAUUCUCCUCGCUCUGGCCUGUCUCACCGGUAGGACAUUCACACCUAUCGCUUUCUCGUUCGGUUGGGUUGCAUAUGCCGUUUCGGCCGUUGUAGUCGCUGUUGGCGAUAACAAGCUGUUAGUUCGCUGUCCGCCAGAGAUCUCGCUAAAGGUAAUUAAUCUGAAGAAUGGAUACUGUCGCGAGAACAAAUCGUGGCUGCUAGGGAGAUUUAUCAAAGAUUACAAUUUCUGGAUGCCUGGGGAUGUCAAGGAGCGACUUCUGCGUCCGCGUGUGCGUUCUGAUGAGGAAAAUAGUCAUGCUAAAGCUAUUCCUUCGGGUUCGCCAACGGCUCAGAAGCCCAUUGAAUCCGCUGUGACGUUGGGUCGAUCCGAUACCGCGCUGUGUAUUGCUGUUUUUAAAUGGAUUGAUGGUGCAGUUCCAGGUCUGCCAUCUCGUGAUUGGGCCUGGUGGAGCGGUCUCCUUGUUUCACUGUUACAAUUAGGUAUCGCGGCGAUUCCGUGGGGCCUUCACUCCAACUGGGGAAUUUUUCUUGCCACUGCCAUCGGAACAUUACUAGCCUACCUAUCCGCCUCCCUACCCCAAUGGCGCCAAGAAAAAUGGUCCGCGGCAACCAGAGAGAAGGAUGUAGCUGUGACGAUAGGCAACGGAAAUAAACACGUAAUAGUCAUUCUGGGUGCUCAGCAUGGCUUAGACAUGGAAGAUCUAGCUACGGGAAAAGCCCCUGAUUUACUAUCCACGCGUAUAUAUACUUCUCUCCUAGCUGUCUUCUGGUUGGUACUGUUAAUCACAUGCUGUGGCAUCAAAACAGACUCAUGGUAUCUGCUCGCCGUCGGCGGAUUGGGUAUGGCGCAAAACCUGAUAGUCGCAAGCGUACCGCGGACUCCCGCAGCACUUGGUCUACCCAUCGAGCUCGUUAGCAGUGGAAAUGAAGAUCAGAUUGUUCCGGAGAUUUUCGCAGAGCCGAAAGUGAUGUGGACGAUAAUGGAAUUUGAGGAAAAGCAUCGCGGGCGAGGCAACGCUCUUGUGAAAGAGUUCUUUCCUGGAAAGUUGCUUGAUUGGGAGGAAAAGUGGUGGAAUUCUGAUAAUACGGAUGAGAGACGAGGGCUACUCGAAGGGGCGCGGCGCAAAGCAUGGAGGAAAGCACAUGAAGCGGCACGAAUGGAGAGGGAGAAAGGGGAUAAGUAG